AUGUCUAAACAUGAACCAAAAGAAGCUUUACCAUUAGAUUCAAAUCCCACCGUUGAUCCUUCAGAGAUCCAACCUAUUAUCAUAAAUCCUGAUGGUAGUGUCACAAGGAAUGUGAAAAUACCAAGCACUGAACCCACACAAGACCCAAACAACAUUGUUCUCACCAAAGAUGUCCUUCUAAACCCUAUUAACAAAACUUUCAUACGUUUGUUCCUACCUAGGAUAGCACUUCACACUUCUAAGAAACUCCCUCUAAUUGUUUACUAUCAUGGAGGUGGUUUUGUAUUCUUUAGCGCUUCUUCAACAAUCAACCAUGACUUUUGCGUCAAAUUAGCGGAAAAAAUUGGCGUCGUGGUUGCAUCAGUGGAUUACCGUCUUGCGCCAGAAUACCGCCUCCCUACCGCCUAUGAUGACGCGGUUGAGGCAUUACAUUGGUUGCAAACGACAAGUGAAAAAUGGGUGCUUCAAUUUUGUGAUGUGUCCAAUUGUUACCUUAUGGGAUCUAGUGCGGGAGGGAACAUCGCAUACCACGCAAGUUUACGUGUGGCUAAAACCAUUGAUGAAGUUGAUUUUGACCAAUUUAAGAUCAGAGGGUUGAUAUUGCACCAUCCAUUUUUUGGUGGGUCCAAAAGGACAAAUACAGAGUUGAGAUUCGAAAAUGAUCGAGCUUUGCCUCUUAAGGCGAGUGAUCUAAUGUGGGAGUUUUCAUUGCCCGAGGGUGUAGGUAGGGACCAUAAGUUUUGUAAUCCAAUGAUUGUUGAUGAAGAAGAUGGUGAAUGUUUUGAUAAAAUCAAACGGUUGGGAUUAAAGAUUCUUUUGACAGGUUGUGAUGGAGACCCCUUGAUUGAUCGUCAAGUUAAAUUUGUGGAGAUGUUGAGACACAAAGGGAUUGAAGUUGUGAGUUACUUUGGGAAAGGUUUUCAUGGGAUGGAACUAUUGGAACCAAAGGGAGAUGAACCAUUAUUUGAACAAAUAAAAUAUUUCAUAAAUAAUAGUAUCGCGUAA